AUGGCCAAUUUUCAACCUUUUGGCACUGGAGGCGAUGCAGAAAACCCCAGAAGGUUUGCAAAUUUAGAAGCAAGCGAUUUAGACGAAUUAUUAGAAGCAGCACACUCCAAAAGGACGAAAUACAGCACUGCUUUCGCUGUCUCUGUUUACAAAGGUUAGUUCGCUUGAACUUUAAAUUUAAGUUUACACCUCUCCAAGUAAUCAGGUUUUUAUAUAUUAUGGUUGUCUUUCAGAGUGGGCCCUGCAAAGAAACAUAAAUAAAGAGCUUCAUGAACAAAGCGAGGAAGAGCUUGAUCAAAACCUGAGAGUUUUCUAUGCAGAAGUGAGAAACAAGACCGGCGAAAACUACGGAAAGUCAACCCUACUCGGCUUGAGAAGCGGCAUUGAGCGGCAUUUAAACUACCCCCCUCACAACAGAGGAAUCAAAUUUUCUAAAAAUCCUGCCUUCAUGAAGUCCAACAUGAUACUCGAUGCGAAAAUUAAAAAUUUAAAGCAACUCGGGAAACAAAAUACAAAGCACAAACCUGCCAUAACGACGCCAGACCUUCAAAAGCUGAGAGUUCGUCCAGUAAUCUCCGCCUCGACUCCCCUCGGUCUCUUGAGAAAUGUUUGGUUCCACACAACCUUAUAUUGGUGUCGACGAGGUAGAGAAGGCCAACGAAACCUAACACCGUCCAGCUUUACCUAUGCGGUUGACGAAAAUUCCCGUCAGUAUGCGACUAUGACCCACGACGAGUUGUCAAAAAAUCAUCCCGGUGGAUUUGAUGACACGGAAAGUUUUGAAAAAGACGGCAGGAUGUACCGUGCUACAGACGACCCCAGCGACGGCUACAAUGCCUUGGAGCUUUAUAUAUCCAAGUUAAAUCCACACUGUUCAGCAUUCUUCCAGUUUCCGAAGCGAAAGUGGUCCCCAAGCGACAGUGUUUGGUACGAAAAUCGGCCACUCGGUGUAAAUAAGCUGGGUGUUAUGAUGAGAGAAAUUAGCGAGGAAGCCGAACUCUCGAGCAUCUACACAAACCAUUGUGUGAGAGCCACCGCGAUUACUCUUUGGUCCGAUGCAGGUCUUGAAAACCGCCACAUUAUGGCCGUUUCAGGUCACCGAAAUGAACAGUCGCUGAAGAGUUGUAACUCGCGUCCAUCCUCAACACAGCUUCGACAAAGCAGUGACAUUCUCACCAGAUCGCUCAUAUCCUCAAAUGCCAGCUUACAAAUUGAUUUUAAUGACCCACAGCCAGCUCAAGUGUUUUCCCAUGUAACAUCAACGUCUCAAAAUACCUCAAUGUACCACAGAUCCAGCUUUGACAACAUCUUUUCGUCUUGUUCGAUCGGCACUGUGAAUCUCACUGUAAAUCCAGCUCGAGAAGUUGACAAAGACUAG